CAUUCUGGAAGAGCGAAUACAACAUAAAGGACUCGGUGACUUUGUAACAGGAGCUGUAACAUCGUUAUCCCCUGCACAGGAGGCUACACAAAGGAAUAGGACUUCGAAAGGAAAAGCUUGGAGUUGGACUUUCCACAUAUACCUGGAACAUGACUCUGAACAAAGGUGACAAAUUGGGGAGCAUGGACAAAAGGCGAGGUAGCAUACCGUUUCCCGUCCACCUGCAGACCCUGCACCGAAGGAGCAUGCCAGUGGAUGACCGAGAGCUGCACUCAACAAUGCCCUCAGCACAAACAGGAGAGCUGGCGAGCCUGAUGCGCUGCACGUCCUACAGCCCCUGUGAACAGCACCGGGAUGGCUGCCUGUCAGACUCGUCCGACUCCGUCAUCUCCUCUGGCAGCGACUCCGAGGGACACGUUCACAAGGUGGUUCUCCUGGGCGAGCAUGGCGUUGGCAAGUCAAGUUUGGCACGUAUAUUCGGCGGAGUUGAAGAAUGUCACGACUGCGAUGAAGCAGGAAACACAUAUGACAGAUCUGUCUUUGUUGAUGAUGAAGAGGCCUCUAUUCUUUUGUAUGAUAUAUGGGAACAGGAUAACAGCCAGUGGCUGAGGGAGCAGUGCAUGCGGAUGGGUGAUGCGUACAUCAUCGUAUACUCGGUAACGGACAAGGCAAGCUUCGAGAAGGCGUCGGAGCUGCGCAUUCAGCUGCGCAGGGCCAGGCAGACGGAGGACAUUCCCAUCAUCCUCGUGGGGAACAAGAGCGACCUUGUGCGGUCCAGAGAGGUCUCAGUGGAUGAGGGAAGAGCUUGUGCUGUGGUGUUUGACUGCAAGUUCAUUGAGACGUCGGCCUCCCUGCACCACAACGUCCGGGACCUCUUCGAGGGCAUCGUCCGGCAGAUUCGCCUACGAAAAGACAGCAAGGAGGACAACGCCAGGCGGCAGGCCAACAGCAAGAGGCGGGAGAGCAUCAGCAAGAAGGCCAAGCGCUUCCUGGGCCGCAUGGUGGCCAAGAAGAACAAGAAGAUGGCCUUCCGGCAGAAGUCCAAGUCCUGUCACGACCUCUCUGUCCUCUGAGACACCCCCCCCCCCCUCCCCGCCCCCAAGACCAGAAGCUGUGUGCCACAGGCUUGAGUUUGCUACACUAACCCAAGGACUGGAAAAGCUGUAUAUAAACGUAUUUACAUUGUUUUUUUAACGGUAAAUUGAGAGGAUUGUAUCAACACAAAUGCCAUGACAAUUUGAUGAUGAUGAAUCUGCAUGAGGCUUUCUAAGUUUCAUUGUUAUUUUGUAAACAAAACAAAAACUUCUGCCUUAAAAUACAGCUUUUAACUUGUGUUCUUAGGGAAUUACACCACAUGUCAUGUCCUAACAAUGACAUGGACUGGACAUAGUAUUACCAUGGCAAUGAAGAAAGUAUGGUAUUGUGUUAUAUUCUAUUUGGUGGAACAGUGAGUGCACACUGUACCACAGAGUGCACAGAAAAAACAAACAGGGUGCACCUUUAUGAAAACUUUUAUAGAAAGGGUUGAAAAAAUGCUAUUUAAAGCACUUGUGUGAGAUCACCAUUUAUGUGUCAUCUGGAAGCAUAUUUACUUGAAAAUCAGUACGCGGGUUCGUACAAUACUUUGGCUGAGACAGGAGUGGGUGGGAGACAGUGGGGACUAAAAUAUAUAUAAUUUUUAUUUUGUCCUGGGAUUCUCACUCCGCAUGUAAAUGAAUGAACAGAAGCAAUAAGUUAUAUUUGUGUCAUAAAUUUGCAUUGUUUAGAGAUUAUUUCAUGUUAUUUCAUUGUAGUCAGUGCAUCAUUUUAUGUUUACAUUCAUAUUUUGUAAUAAAAUAUAAAAUCAAAAUGAA